AUGGCUUUCAAAAACGUCCGAAAUCUACUUCUAAUUAAUCACAACGAUGGCUUUAUCAAUGAUGAUGAAUUUGUUGUUCUGUACGACCUCUAUGCAUCGAAAAACCUCGACUUUCCGUACGAUUCGUACGCACCUUUUGACCUGGAAGAGCUUGAUAAGUCUGAGAGUUUUGCAGAGUUUCGCUUUGGAAAACGAGAUAUACGAAUUCUGAAGGAAGUUUUGUUAAUCCCUGACACGAUAACCUGCAGUCAGCGCUCCGUUUGUGAUGGACUAGAAGGUCUGUGCAUGCUGCUAAAGCUGCUUUCUUACCCAUGCAGAUAUGCAGACAUGGUCCAUAGAUUCGCUAAACCUGUUCCAGUUCUUAGCAUGAUCACCAAUCAAAUGAUUGACUUUGUGUAUAAUGUUCACGGGAAUAGAGUACUAAACUGGAAUCACGAGGUCCUUAGUCCUGUCAACCUGCAGACUUAUGUUGAUGCUGUGACAGCCCGGGGAGCCCCACUGCCCAAUUAUUUUGGGUUUAUUGACGGUACCGUUAGGCCUAUAUCAAGACCUGGAGAACAUCAGCGACUUCUUUACAAUGGGCAUAAAAGGGUUCAUGCCCUGAAAUUUCCAUUGCUUUGCCAAAUGGCUUGAUCGGAAAUCUAUAUGGCCCAGUUGGUAAGUUACAAAACAGUACAGGCCACCAGCUUUAAAGCAGGGAUGUGACCAAAUGUUUAUUUUUGUAGACCUUGCACUUAUUUUAAAAAAGGGAAAAAAAUGAAAAAAAAAAAAUGACACAUUUUUCAAGGCUAUACGACAGGCUAAAUUUAUUGAUUUUCUUAUUCAGUAAUGAUUACCAAGGUGAGAUCACCUCAGCAGUUUAUUGGGAGCAUAGCCAGAGGGAAGAGGGGACUGUCCCCCUUCCCCCCUUGAAAUAAAUAUAAACUCAAGAUGAAAUUAGGAAAAAGUUUCUGAAGUACGCAUAUAAUCAACAGCUUAUGCAACCCAAUUGUCCGCAGCCUUUACUCUUACACUGAUACCUACCAUCACCUACCUAUUUUUAGAAGGAAGAAAACAUGAUGCAGGAAUGCUUGCCGAUUCACAGCUACUACACGACCUUCAUCGGUUUGCCUACAACAAUCCAGUCUGUGUUUGGCUAGGCAGUCUGUGUGCAGAGAUGAGUGCUGUUAGAAGUUCUGUCGAAUGGCUGUUCGGAGAUGUAAUCAACUCGUUUAAGUUUAAUGACUUUAAAAAAGAUCUGAAGCUUUUCCUCAGCAGUUUUGGAAAGAUCUAUGUUGUUUCUGUCAUACUGCGUAAUGCAAUGACAUGCUUGUAUGGUAACAUGACCUCAGAAUUUUUUGACCUUAGGCUACCUACUCUUGACACAUACUUUGGCUAGGAAGCCACACUAUUGCUCAGUUUACAAUGCCUGUGAUAAAAUAUGUAUCAAAACCUUAUAACUGCAGUUAAACAUGGUAGAUAUUUGUAUGCUGAUAAGUUAAAGACUAUUUCUCACACCAUUGGACUUUUUAAAGAGAAAAUGAAUUAUAAUAAAAUUAAGCACAAUAUUGUUUCUAAAAUUUUUCUAUUUUUCAAGAAAUGUUAUCGUAACUAUUGAUUUAUUUCCCAACUUUAUUUUCCAUUUUUCAGAAAACUGUGGUUAAUUAACUUAAAAAAUAUACCUUAAAUAUAAAAUAAAAGAGAUUUAUCAAAAAAAAUUAAGCAUAACAUUGCAGAGUCAGGCUAUUUUUUUGGAAUUCCUUCAUCAAACAUUUUACAAAUAUAGGAGCCCAAGGGCCUGUUUGUUGGAGGUUGGGCUGGCACUAACCCAGGACGUUUACCGUGGUGACUUAAUGAAUUUUUACAGAGUCAACCCUGAGUGAAAGCUACCCCAAUCUAACAUGACUGAAUGAAGAUACCCAUGCUUCUUUUAGAGAUUUUGCCUUAAUGAUGCAUAUGCUCGAAAUUGGCUCAAUUUCUAGAGUGGACUCACUAAAUGUAAGAAAUACUAUGAGCUAAUUACAUAAAAGCUCAGCUAAUCAAACAAUAGAAAAAAAUAGACCCAGCUAUGAAUACUAUUCUUAAGAUUUAUUUUGUGCAUUUAGUGACUGUACAUCAGGGGAAAGUUUGGGCAUUUAGGCCCCUUUGUACACAAAAACAUCUGUCUAUUAGCAAAAACAAUGUUUUAUUUCUUCUAGAAACUUUACAAAACUCUCUAUAGAAAAGAAAUAUAAUUACAUCCAUCAACAAUGCUCUUGAAGAUAACUUAAGUCAUAACAAAAGUCAACUCAACAAGUUCAGGGCUCUUCCAUAGUCAUAAGGUUCGAGCUUAAUGCUUUUUUAUAUUUUCCAUCACUGCCAUAAAUACCUUGUUUUGCUGGUCAAGCAUAAUUUGAAGGUUUUGCUGUUGAAGCUGCUGCUGUUGCUGCAUCGUGUUGAUCAGCGCUGAGAACAUGGUCUGUUGCUGCUGCGCAGCCUCCUCUUGUUUGGUUUCUGCUAAAUCAAGAUCUCUUUUUCUGAUGGCUAACUCUUCCUUUUUCAAUUCUCUCUCUUUCUCUGACUUCUCGGCCAAAAAUCCGAUUGCAUCAGAGGUGCUCCUCCUCAAUUUAGCUUUUUUUGGUUUCUCGCCACUAUCAUCGCUCUUUCUAAUUGCAAUUGUCUGAAGAGCCGCCUGUCUGAUUUCCUCUGCUUUAGCUUUUUCUUUCUCAUCUUUUGCCUUCCUCUCGUUUCUCAGGGCGUCACUCUUUUCUUCUGCGCUUUUCUCUCGCUCGCGAAUUUCCUCCAGCAAGGCAUCAAUUUCUGUGAGCUCGGGGACAUCUAUCCCAGAGGCUUUCUCUUCUUCUCUUUGCUUUAGUUUGUGCCGGGAGAUCAGGAGUGCAUAUCGAUCUCUCACUGCCCUUGCUGCAACCCUGAAUUCUGGAGUCUUCAGAUAAUUCAAAUAGGCUGCGAUGCUUUCCCAUACUUUCCCUCUCUCUCGGUGCUUUUCGGUUUAAAAUUGUAAGGUUCGCUCGUUACAGCUUCGCAAAGCAUCAGAACAUCAUGGUCUUCCGUCCAAACAAAAUACCUGCACUUACUCGCUGUCAAAAGAACACGAAAAUAUAUAUUUUUAAAGCAAAACUGAAGUUUAUUAUUUAUUAUCUUGAAGUGCAACUUCAAAUUAGCACAAUGACAUGCAGGUCUAAAAUAAGAAGAACAUGACUUCAGAUAUCCCAAAAUUCUCCUUAAAGAGAUCAGUACAGAAAAACUUACAUUUCUUUUGAACGAGUUCUUGCUCGGCUGUAGAAAUGUGGCCUGCCAUGGUUUCGGAUGCUUCUCAAAGAAAGUCAUUUUAGUCUGUUAAAAAUAGCUAAACUGUUAGACAUUUGACUUCUGCUGGUCCGCAAAUAAUACAUCAAACAAUCAUUAUAACAAAAGGUGGAAUCAGAUGAUUAUCAGCAUGAAAAAGUUCGAAGUAGUUCAGUUAAUCUUUUGAUGUAUGGCAGACCCGCUGUAGAAUUCAUUUCGGCUGUGGGUUCUUUUAAUUAUUAGAUGCCUUUGUCCAUUCGCAAACUUAAAGGUGUCUGGCAGCAGAUUGCGGCACCUGAUUGGUCCUUAUAUUAUUUUUUAGCCAAUCACGGUGUUCCUUUCUCUGAGAUAUUUGCAUUUUAUUUCAUUUUUUCAGCGCAUUAUGUUUCCUUGUUUUGCACUGUUUUUACUGAACACUGCAUAUUUGAACUCUGCCAAUUCACAUUGAAGAAAUCUUUCAAUAUACAUUAUUAAGUACGGAAUAAUAUUACGUAAAUAAGUAGUUUUGGGUUGACCGACUUUAAUAAAUAACCGCGCUUCUUCCAGGCCUGGCAAAAAGAGGGAAUCAGAAUCCAAGGAUGUCUUUUAAUUUGUGAAGGAAGCAAACUUUGCGGCAUAUGCAAAGAUAUAAACUAUCCAGCUGAAUAUCACGGUGCAAGAUACAAGUUCCCUUUUUCUCCAGAUUCGCCCCAUUUUGAGGUACGUCGUAUUUAAGUAAGCCAGGAAAAGUAUUUUUCAAAAGAGUGGAUACAAUUUUUAACAAAAAUUUCAGCUGAAAUAUAGAUUCUGAUCGUUUAAAUGUUAUUUCAAGUCAGAUUUGAUGUGGCUGUGAAUCUACCACCCAGAAAGCAUUAGUAUUUUUUUCUAUCAGUUAUUACUUACAUCUUUUUAUCUAGGUUCUUAUUCAGGAAACUGGAAAAAGACGGCUUUUAGGAUUGGGUGUUGUUGGUGAAUAUUAUGGAAAUCAUGCCCUGCCGGGUUGGCUAAAAGGAUCCGUGGGAUAUCACAUUGAUGAGGGAAAAAUAUUUGACGCAAACAACCCUACAAAGGGAAGAGAGUACGAAGGUAAGGAAAAAGAGCUGAAGAAAAUUAACUUGGAGGAUAACUAA